GGGGGGGCGGCUUUCGAAAUACACCUCAUUUGUCAUUCUGUGCAUUAUCUCAACAUGUCACGUGAUUUUAAACAGGUAGCUACAGGACACCGGUACCAGGAAGAAUAAACAUGUGAAAUGUCGCCAUUUUGUACUCGGCAGAAUAUAUGACAAAAGUGCCAUGACCAUGGACCCUGAGUACAGCCUUCAGGAUGUGUUACGGUGUCAUCUCUGUGAGACCCCAGCCCCCCCUAUGUACUGUGCCAUUUGUGACAAAUAUCUGUGUAAAGCCUGUGAGAAGGACCAUCUCUCUGAUCUAUCCAAAAAACACAAAGUGCUGCCAUUUAAAAAGAGGAAAUAUCUUCCAAAGUGUCAAAAACAUUCCUCAAAAAUAUGUGAACAUUACUGUGAGCAAUGUGGCAUUCCUAUUUGUGCAACAUGUUCUUUCUCUGAAGAACACAGCGGCCAUCAAUUUAUUGAUAUAAUUAAAGUUAUGGACAACAAGAAAGAAAUCAUUCAAAAAAAUUUACAGGAACUAGAAAAAACCAUUUAUCUUAAAUAUCAAGAGAUUGCAUCCAUUAUCACAGACCAGAUAACUGCUCUGAAUAAAAACUCCCAGAAAUUAACAACAGAAAUCGACAAACAUGGAGAAGACUUGCACAGAGAAAUAAACACCAUUAUCAGAAACAUGAAAUCUAACAUGGAGGAAAUGGACACCAAACACCUGGCUGUCUUAGACAAACAGGAAGAUGAAAUUAUACACACCAUUUCUGAAAUCACACAGACCAUUGCUGAACUGAAGACGUUACUGGACUCCAAUGAUGUCAGCCGUGUCUCUGCCUACAAAUCCAGGAAUGAUGAAUUCAGAAGAUUGCCUCCUAAACUCACAGUGUCCUUACCAAGUUUUACCCCUCAGAAGAUCAACAAAGAACAGCUUUAUCAACAGUUUGGUUCUCUGUCAGCGUCAUCUAUCAAAACAGAAGAACAUGGCUACACCAUGGAAUCUCCCGGUGCUGAGUCCUCUCCCCUGGACAGACCGCUCAUUGAUGUACCACGGAUCAUCACACAGAUAAACACCGAGUAUAGAGGAUUAUUUAAUUCAUUAUACAGUGUGUCCUGUCUGAGUGAUGAGGAGAUGUGGACGUGUGGUCGUGACAAAAUCAUGAGACUGUACAACCUCCGUGGGGAACUAGUGAAGUCAGUCAAAACCAAGUCAGGGAACUGGCCAUGGGACAUAGCAGUGACAAGGAGUGGGGAUCUAGUUUAUGCUGAUUACAUUGAUAGAACUGUGAACAUAGUGAAGAAUAAAAAGAUAAAGACAGUGAUCAGACUACGGGGGUGGGUACCUUGUCGUGUCUGUAGUACCUCCUCUGGUGACCUCCUGGUUGUCAUGGACAUUGAUGAUGAUAAACAAACAAAAGUUGUGUGUUACUCUGGCUCCACAGAGAAACAAAGUAUUCAGUACGACGACAAAGGACAACCUCUCUAUUCAUCUGGUGGCAUUAAACACAUCAGUGAGAACAGAAACCUAGAUAUCUGUGUGUCAGACUUUGACGCCCAUGCAGUAGUGGUGGUCAAUCAGGCCGGGAAACUCCGGUUUACCUACCGUCCUCCCUCUUUUACCAAGGGACCAUUCUAUCCAUACGGCAUCACAACAGACAGCCAGGGUCAGAUCCUGACAGCAGCCAGUAACAACCACCGUAUCCACAUCCUGGAUCAGGACGGACAGUUCCUCCGCUACAUUGGCAACUGUCAUUUACAGUUUCCAUGGGGUUUAUGUGUGGACACCAGAGACAACCUCUUUGUGGCUGAGUCAACAGGUAAAGUGAAAAAAAUACAAUACAUUAAACUACAGGACACCGGUACCAGGAAGAAUAAACAUGUGAAAUGUCGCCAUUUUGUACUCGGCAGAAUAUAUGACAAAAGUGCCAUGACCAUGGACCCUGAGUACAGCCUCCAGGAUGUGUUACGGUGUCAUCUCUGUGAGACCCCGGGCCCCCCUAUGUACUGUGUCAUUUGUAACAAAUAUCUGUGUAAAGCUUGUGAGAAGGACCAUCUCUCUGAUCUAUCCAAAAAACACAAAGUGCUACCAUUUAAAAAGAGGAAAUAUACUCCAAAGUGUCAAAAACAUCCCUCAAAAAUAUGUGAACAUUACUGUGAGCAAUGUCACCUUCCUAUUUGUGCAACAUGUGCUUCCUCUGAAGAACACAUUGACCAUCAAUUUAUUGAUAUAAUUAAAGUUAUGGACAACAAGAAAGAAAUCAUUCAAAAAAAUUUACAGGAACUAGAAAAAACCAUUUAUCUUAAAUAUCAAGAGAUUGCAUCCAUUAUCACAGACCAGAAAGCUGCUCUGAAUGAAAACUCCCAGAAAUUAACAACAGAAAUCGACAAACAUGGAGAAGACUUGCACAGAGAAAUAAACACCAUUAUCAGAAACAUGAAAUCUAACAUGGAGGAAAUGGACACCGAACACCUGGCUGUCUUAGACAAACAGGAAGAUGAAAUUAAACACACCAUUUCUGAAAUCACACAGACCAUUACUGAACUGAAGACGUUACUGGACUCCAAUGAUGUCAGCCGUGUCUCUGCCUACAAAUCCAGGAAUGAUGAAUUCAGAAGAUUGCCUCCUAAACUCACAGUGUCCUUAUCAAGUUUUACCCCUCAGAAGAUUAACAAAGAACAGCUUUAUCAACAGGUUGGUUCUCUGUCAGCGUCAUCUAUCAAAACAGAAGAACAUGGCUACACCAUGGAAUCUCCCGGUGCUGAGUCCUCUCCCUCGGACAGACCGCUCAUUGAUGUACCACGGAUCAUCACACAGAUAGACACCAAGUGUAGAGGAUUGCUCGGUGUGUCCUGUCUGAGUGACGAGGAGAUGUGGACGUGUGGUGAGGACAACAUCAUGAGACUGUACAACCUCCGUGGGGAACUAGUGAAGUCAGUCGAAACCAAGUCAGGGAACGGUCCAGAGGACAUAGCAGUGACAAGGAGUGGGGAUCUAGUUUAUACUGAUGGCAGAAAUAGAUCUGUGAACAUAGUGAAGAAUACACAGAUACAGACAGUGAUCAGACUACGGGGGUGGAUACCUUGGGGUGUCUGUAGUACCUCCUCUGGUGACCUCCUGGUUGUCAUGGAGAGUGAGGAUAAUAAACAAUCAAAAGUUGUGUGUUACUCUGGCUCCACAGAGAAACAAAGUAUUCAGUACAACGACAAAGGAAAACCUCUCUAUUCAUCUGGUGGAUUAAUUAACACUAAAUACAUCAGUGAGAACAGGAACCUAGAUAUCUGUGUGUCAGACCGUGGAGCCCGUGCAGUAGUGGUGGUCAAUCAGGCCGGGAAACUCCGGUUUACCUACACUGGUCGUCCCUCUACUACCUGGGGAUCAUUCUAUCCAUACGGCAUCACAACAGACAGCCAGGGUCGGAUCCUGACAGCAGACACUAACAACCAGCGUAUCCACAUCCUGGAUCAGGACGGACAGUUCCUCCGCUACAUUGACAACUGUGAUUUACAAUAUCCAUGGGGUUUAUGUGUGGACACCAGAGACAACCUCUUUGUGGCUGAGUACCACACAGGUAAAGUGAAGAAAAUACAAUACAUGUAACAUGUGCUAUAUAUUUUACUACUGUGGUACUUUAAUGUGUCUAUAGAUUACAUACACUGGU